AUGGCGUCCACCACUACUCCCAGUAACCCGACACCCCCGUCAUUAUCCCUUCCACCAUCUCAAUUCGCCCGCCUCCAACCCCACGCCUACCUUCUCGCCCACCUCUCUCCACCAGCGAGCAACCAGCCCUCAAUCCGCGCGAACGGCCGUGCCACCUCACAAUUCCGUGUCACAUCCGCAAAUGCUGGCUCCUUAACUCACACAAACGGCAGCGCAGUCGUACGAAUCGGCGACACAGCUGCUGUCUGCGGCGUUCGCGCAGAGAUCCUACACACCAAAGACAUCGCUUCCUGGAGUGUGUUGCAGGCCUCAUCAGAGCAAAAUUUCGACAAGUCAAAUGAGGCAGGAGUCUCCGAGUCCCAAGAUGAGGAAGAUAAAGGCCACAUCCAAGAUCUGAACCUACUUGUUCCCAACCUUUCUCUCAGCACUGGCUGCGCGCCAGGCUUUACACCCGGCGCACCACCUUCUGCGCUGGCUCAGUCACUUUCCCACCAAAUUCUUUCCCUCCUGCACACCACCCGUCUCGUUCAAGCAGACGACUUGCGCAUCUGGUAUCAGCCACCGAAUCUGGACUCGGAAGAAUUCCGCAAUGCGGGCGAGGGGAUGGAGGUGGAUACAGAAGAGAGCGGGGGUCCUGAGCGGGAGGUUAAGGCAUUCUGGGUGCUCUACAUUGAUGUCAUGAUCAUUUCUCUGGCUGGAAACCCAUUCGACGCGGCCUGGGCCUCUGUCUUGGCUGCGCUUCGGGACACAAAACUUCCCAAGGCCUGGUGGGAUGCUGAUAAUGAGACUAUCCUUUGCUCGGACGAUGUUUCCGAUGCGCAAAAGUUGUCUCUGCGUGGCUUGCCCGUUUCUAGCUCGUUCUGUUCUUUCGAGGGAGAUGUCGCUGCUGGUUGGAGGGCGGUUGUCAUUCCCGAUGCUGAGGAGCAGAAGCAGAAGAAGGGUGCACAGCAAAGGUGGAUCCUUGCGGAUCCUGAUGGAUACGAAGAGGGAUUGAGUCAAGAGCGAAUUUCUGUUGUUGUGGAUAAAGAGAACGGGAAGACGGUUAUUGUGAAGAUGGAGAAGCAUGGCGGUUGGACUGUGGACAGUGAUGAUCUGCGCCACCUUGUGGAUGUUUCUGCUCAGAGAUGGGAUGAAAUGAAGCGGAUACUGGAUCAAUGCUGA